UCUCUCUCUCCCGCGCUUGCUUCCAAGUUCCAUUUAAGAGUAUUAAGCGAGAGAUAGGAAGAGACAACUCUGCAGCUAGGAAGGAAUUCAAGAUCAUACCCAUCUUCCCUUUCCUUUUUCACAGACUUUGAAGGUUUUUUGUUCUGAGAGUUUCUGUCUUGGUUCGUACAUUCUCAACUCAUUCUGGCCGACAGGGCUAAGAGUAAGAUCAGCAGUUCCAACUUCACAUCGAUUUACUAUGGCUUUUUGGGGAGUUGAGGUGAAGCCUGGGAAACGUGUCUUUUCUAACUCAGAUGGUAAAAGACUUCGAAUUACUCAGGCGUCUUUGGGGAUUGGCAAUGCGACGGAAAAGACCAUUGUCCAAUGUAGUGUUGGGAGGAAGAGGAGACCAAUUAUCCUGUGUGCUUUGGUACCAUGUAAAGUUGAGUCAUGCCGUUUGGAGUUGGAGUUCGACGAGGUACACGACUUGAUCUUCUCAGUGAUCGGCCAGCAAAGUAUUCAUUUGACGGGUUAUUUUGUCCGUGACGAUAAACCUAUUUUUCUUGACAGUGAUUCAGAUCGAUAUGGAAUCAACAUUGAAGAUAGUGAAGGGCAUUCUUAUAACUCUGAAGAUGACGAAUACGAAGAUAGUUUUAUUGAUGAUAGCGAGCUACCAGUUUCGCCACCUUCCCCGAUAAGAAAAAAGAAGACUAAGAAACCUAUGUUUAGACGGCUCAAGAAGAAGUUUGAUGUUGAGUUUGAUCAAAAUGAUUGGUUGAUCGAGAGCAAAGAUGAAGCUGUUGGCAGCCAUGACUGUGAACUGAAGGAAAACGAAGAUGUAAUUGAGGCAAGUUGUCAACAACGAAGUCUAAAAAAUAGAGGUGUUGUUGGAGAUGAUGGCACACACUCAGCUCAGAACGUGUGUGAUCACAUUCAACCGAAUGACUCAACAAAUAUUUGUGAAGGUGAUUUGGAAUCGAAGAAGGUGGAUGAUAUAGGUGGAUUGAUGGGGUCUUCAGCUGAGGUUGCAAAUUUGAAGACAGCGAUUGAAGUCGUGAUGAUAAAUCAAGGACUUGAUAUAUCUAAUAAGAAGGAUAUACCGACAGAUCAUGAUGAAGCAAUGAUUGAUGCUGAUUUUAACAUUGUACAUGACACACUUCCCAUGGAUACUCCGUCCAAGUCCAAGAAGAGGACUUUGGAGCAAAAAAAAAUAUCUACAAGUAAAAUAAAUAAAUCACAAGUAAAAGUGGAAGGUAGUUCUGGUACAAGCAUAUGCGAUAUGGUUCAGAAUGAAGGGAAGGUAAUUGUGUAUGAGCCAAAUGAGGAAAAGGUGGUCGGGUACAAGCAGGAUGAUGUAGUUGAAAAGCGAUGUGAAGCACAGUCUUUACCGAAUGGGUUGAUUAUUGAAGAAUUGGCGAAGAGAGAUCCUAAAGGAAAAUUAGCUCUACAAGGGAGAAAGGUCAGAAUUCAUUUCACUGCGAUGUUGAAGGAAAAGUAUUUGAACGCUGACAAAAAUCCUUGCAAAUUUCGCCUAGGUGAUGAAGAAGUAAUGCAUGGUUUUAAUAUGGGCAUUGAUGGUAUGAAUGCAGAAUUUUGUUUUGGAGAAGAAGGAUUUGGCACAAGUGUACCUCCAAACUCAUGGCUGGUAUAUGAGGUUGAAUUGUACACAACAAGUGCAGAUAUCAAUCUAGCGGGUGUUGUACCGUUAUAUGAUUGGUUUUGGUUCUUCUGUGAUAGCAUUUUAUUAUUGCAGAUUGGCCAAGGAACUUACAGUAGCGUGUACAAGGGUCGUGAUCUGCUGCAUAAUAAAGUUGUUGCUCUAAAAAGAGUACGCUUUGAUAAUAUGGAUCCUGAAAGUGUCAAAUUUAUGGCAAGGGAGAUUCUGAUUUUGCGAAAGCUUGAUCACCCAAAUAUAAUUAAACUGGAAGGCUUGGUUACUUCAAGAACAUCUUCUAGUUUAUAUCUCGUCUUUGAAUAUAUGGAGCAUGAUCUCACUGGACUUGCAUCACUUCCAGGCGUUAAGUUUACAGAACCACAGGUGAAGUGUUAUAUGCAGCAGCUGCUGAGUGGACUUGAUUAUUGUCAUAGUCAUGGUGUCCUGCACCGAGAUAUUAAGGGUUCAAAUCUCUUAAUUGACAAUCAUGGCAUCUUGAAGAUUGCAGAUUUUGGCUUAGCAAGUUAUUUUGAUGAUCAUCAGAAAGCUCCAUUAACAAGCCGCGUAGUGACACUUGGAGAAAGCUCCAUUAAAGCUCCAUCAGUAGACUUAUGGAGUACUGGCUGCAUACUUGGAGAAUUGUAUGCUGGCAAGCCCAUCAUGCCUGGUAGAACUGAGGUGCUAGAAAGAAGUAAAGGACUAAGUAAAGAUGAGAUGAUCUUAAGGUUGGGCAAUGGCAAGGUCGUUUCUGCGAAAGAUAUGGGAUUUGUGAACAUCGUCAUUAGUGAUCGUGAUCGGAUCGCAUUAACACUCUAA